AUGAGACCGCUACUUAAUCUCUCACAUGCAUUCUUGCAGAUCAAUCAGUGCCACUCCCUGGUAAGUUCACCUCUCAACUUCGGCCUGAUUGUCUUCUUCCAUCGCCAUAAUGACCAUGGCUCCUACAGUGGACCCAUGAUUCCUUCAGGGCGCCGGCAUAUAAUAUUCGAGGUGUGGCCUCGCGAUCCUCGAGGCCCACCUCUGCCAGGUGCCUUAGAAGCACCCCGGGGAAAACGCACUCCAAAUGGUUUCAAGUGGGGUGCCGACCUUGACAGCUUCUUCUGGACACAGUUGAUGCACAAGGUGCCGUGGGUUUGCGUCUGGACACGCAGCAUGAUCCAGGACUUCGGAGAGAAUUACUACGAUCUCGAGGAGAUCACCGACUACGAACCCGAUCCACGCGUGGUCUUCCCAUUUUCGAUUCUCCAACUCAAGACGAAGCCCGUCGAGGAGGAUGUCGUUGAACUCGUCGAAUGCCCCAUCGAGGACUUGCCAAAGCUGGAGCAAUUCAUUCCGAAGCUAUACUUUCCCGAUGUUCUUAUGGUGCACGAUCCGGAUGAUUUAACUCCAGGAGAGGAACGCCACCCACGUCUGCGCACAAGAAAAACUAAGGGGAAGCAACGUGUGCCCGCCCCCAUCGAAUACAAGCGUGUUUGGCCAGUCUUCGAGGCGAUAGAUUCUCAGCACGCGGACGGCACCAAACCACUUCGCGUUGCGGAGCUGCAUCUUUCUGAGGGGUUACGCAUGGGCGUGGGUCACCACUCCCUCGUCUACCGCGCCCCACUAACACUCCCAGACCCUCUUACCGCGGAGUCGCCCACGGGGCAAGUGACGGUCGCUGCAAAGCUCGCGAUACCCGAGACGUCUGCGCGGGAGAUGCUUGAGAAUGAGGCACAGAUGUACGCCGCGUUCCCCCGACACCUUAUGGAAGAUUGGAGCGGAUACAACAUGGUCAGACCGCACAGAUAUCCUGUGCCCGCUGACGCUGUCAUUCCCAAAUUUUACGGGUACUACGUUCCAGUCAAUCCGGAGCUAGAUGGGUCUGAUCACGGUCGGAGUCCGAUCCUACUCGUUGAGGAGUGUGGGCAGCCCAUCAGGACUGAGAAGCUCGACCCCGACGCGAAGUCUCAGUGCUAUACUCAUAUACUACGCCUACAUGAUGCGGGAUUCGUCCAGAACUCGUUGUACAUGCGGAACAUUGUAGUCCAGCCAGGCCCUCUCGAGAAUCCGCCGUCCAAACGCUCCAUGAAUUUCCCUGUAUUUCGGAUCAUCGAUUUCGGGCGAGGUCAGCGAAAAAAGGAUGUCAAGGCAGAGUGGCCUGCCCUAGUGCGGGAGCAAGAGAAGGCGGCGAGGGAGGAACUGAACAUCAAUGAAGCGCUAGAUAUCUGA